AAGUCACAAAGGAAUCCGGAGCAGAUGUUCCUGCAUCACCACAUUCCAUCACCAGGUCAUCGAAAUCAAGCUUGCUAUUACCAGGAAGAUGGGGACUCCGUUCCUUCAUCCCUACAGCCUACAAGCUACAUGAUUAAGUCGACCGACCGCCCAAUUGGUCGCCUCAAAUCAAUUAUUAACUUGCGCAUAGGCCGUCUCAGUCGUUUCCUUCUGCUUGUUCGUCUUGACAUUUGUGGCACACACUCGUUUCUCUUUCGGAGACUCGACCUUACCCAACCAACGGGCUUGAACGCGUGACCAUGUCACUAAUUCCAUAUCAUUCUUCAGAGGAUCGUGAAAUUGUUCUGCGUCACGACAAUGCCCUGGUCGUCCGCGAUAGGACGUCCCGACGACUGGAAAUCAGACGAAUCACUGAGUGUCCUACCUGCCACCAGUCCCUCCACCCUGUAUCGUCCGGCGAUCGCCCGUUUGACGUGCCCCCGGGCAACAACCAUCACGAUCCCUACUUCGUAAGCCCAAACUACUUCCGCCUGUUGCAGGCAGGCCACGACAUUGAACCCCAGAGCGAUCAAGACGAUCACCAUGCUCACCGCCACGAUCGCCCGCCCUCGAGCCCGGUAAAACGUCUGGUUCACCGGGUCCCUCACGUGGAGCCCGAUACCGAAGAUGGCGCAGAGUUCGUGUCGAGUACAUCUUCCGUGAAGGAGGGCGCUCGCAUCCGGAGGAACGCCUUCAGUCCGAAUUACUUUCGCGAUUUCUUUGUCGAGGAGCGCGAGCUUGGCAGGGGUGGCAAGGGUGUUGUUCUGCUCGUCCGCCAUCAGCUCGACGGUGUCCAGCUUGGCAACUACGCCUGCAAGCGAGUUCCCGUGGGUGACGACCAUGCUUGGCUUGAAAAGGUGCUCAUCGAGGUCGAGCUGUUGGCCAACCUCACCCAUCCAAACCUAGUGGCCUACAAACACGUAUGGCUGGAAGAGGUCACGCUGAAUCGCUUCGGGCCGCAAGUCGCAUGCGCCUUCAUACUGCAGCAGUAUUGUAACGGUGGAGACCUUCACCAAUAUGUCGUCGGCCAGAAGCCAAAGGAGACCACAAAGGAACAGCUCAAGGCACAGAUGCGACGCCGAUCAAAGGGGCAGACUGAGCGACCGCAAGGGCUCACUUCGCAUCGGCGUCUUCACUUUGAUGAGAUUUAUUCGAUAUUCAAAGACAUCACAUCGGGGCUUGUCUAUCUGCAUGAAUCAAACUACAUCCACAGAGACCUGAAACCCAGCAACUGUCUGCUCCACCGUCAAGGCAAACAAAUGACCUGUCUCAUCAGUGAUUUUGGGGAGGUGCAGCAGGAACAAGCACUCAGGAAUUCAACGGGCUCGACCGGUACGAUUAGCUGGUGUGCCCCUGAAGUGCUGGUCAAAGAUAGGCAAGGGAGGUACGGAAACUUCACGACCAAGUCGGACGUUUUCUCCAUGGGCAUGAUUUUGUACUUUCUGUGUUUCGGUCGCUUGCCGUACCAAAAUGCCAACAUGGUACAGGAAGAGUUAGAGGACGUUGAGAUGCUGCGCGCCGAAAUCAAGGAAUGGAAAGGAUAUCAGUAUGAAAGGCGGGAGCGGCCUGAUCUUCCGGAUAAGGUUUACCUGUUGCUGAAGAAGUUACUGUCCGUACUCCCGGAGGAGCGUCCAAGUGCGGCUGAGGUGCUUCGGAUUAUUUCGAAUGAAUCAAACCUCGACGCAGUUCCUCGUGGGGCAAGGGGCAGCACGCCGAAUAUGAUGCCUACAGGAAGAGUCCGCAACUUGGACUCUCCCAUGCCCCCAUCUACGCCUGUCAAUGAACCCGUAAAUCGAUUUGCACGCCCCAGAUCGUCAUCUUCUGUUGACGAUCGGGAAUCGGUGUCGGCCAUGGGAGACGUAAAUGAUUCACCUCAGCCGACAACUAGGAAUAGCAUCGAGAAAAUCAAUAUACCAACGACACCCCGAAUGCGACCAACCCUUGCCGCCGCGCACAGCGAUCAUGAAAUUUCACAUGAGUCACCGUCGCACUCGCAAGCCGACAAUGACUAUCAAGCUAACACACCCACAACGAUGCCGCUACUGAUGCCGCCGGCCACAACCAAGAUGGAACAAGCAAGGCAUCGCAUCGUUGUAGUUCGUCAUCAAAUGGCUCGGUUCCUCAUGUACAAUGGUGACACGGUAGCAUUCAUCUUUCGCCUAGGGCUGUUUCUGGUCAAGGUAGCGACUCUGACAAGACCGUGCUGGCCAUACGUGAUAAGCUCCGAGGUGGGUGCGCCUCUUGUAGCCAUGGCCGGCAUGGACCUUGGCAUCCCGACCACUGCCAGCAGCGUAGGGAUGGGGUCGCGGUACCGCCCUGGGAGGCCAGUGCCAAUAUCCGGAGCCUCGCGCUGGAGGUGGGAUUGGAGGGUUAGCAUUUUCCUGUUUUGUCUUCACUUUGUUGCUCUGUGGGCGGUAUCCCGCUGGGGAAAUAUGUGCUAUCAUGUUCAUAGCGCUACGGCGACCUGGCAUAGUGCUGAAUGAAUAAAAACUUGCCCUUGCGUGGAUCUCAACGUUUUUUUUUUUUUUUCGUCAAAUCAAGUGCAGG